GGUUAUAAUACGAAAGAAAAACUGAGGUUUUAGGGUUUCCAAUUUCAUUAUAGAGAACCUCUGUCGUCGGCAACCCAGGUGGUCGGAGCAUGGAGAUCGAAAAUCAGCAUCCGUUUCAGAUUGACCUUGGUCAUCUAAUGGCAUUCAAUCCCCACCAUCAGUUUCCUUCACUUCCCUCCUCCAGGGAGGAUCUAGUCAGUGAAUGUCUGCAAAAGGGAACAGAGUUAGUUCAAUCUAUUGCCAAUGAUCUUUUCAACCUGCCUUCAACUGAAGACAGAGACGGCCCCCUUGUGAGGUUGCCUCCACCUACCACAAGAUUGCCGAGAGAGAAACCCCUUCCGAAGCCGAAACCUCCUACAAAAUGGGAACUUUUUGCCCAAAAAAAAGGCAUAAAAAACCGUAAAAAAGAUAAGAGAGUGUACGAUGAACAGACACAUACAUGGAAACGUCGCCAUGGUUAUGAUCGUGCAAAUGACGAGGAUAACAUUCCCAUAAUUGAGGCCAAGAUGACUGACGAGUCUGGGGAGGAUCCAUUUGCUGCAAGGCGAGCCGAUAAGAAAAAACGAGUUGAAAAGCAAGAAAAGAAUCGAUUACAAAAUCUGAAGCAAGCUGCAAAAGUUGGCGCUCUACCUAGCCACAUCCAACUAGCUGCUACUGCUUUGCCUAUAACGGGAACUCAGGCUGCACCUAAGAAAAUUACUAAAGAUGAGCUUGGAAAUGUAGCUGGAAUGGCAGCAACUUCAACAGCCAGUGGUGGAAAAUUCGACAAGAAGUUUGCAGGAGAAAAACCUGCAAAACAUCAAGGAAAAUAUCGCAAGUUUCUGCCUGUUGUGGAGGGAACAGGGAUAGGAUCUCGAGAAAGAGAGCAAACUGAGAAAGUUCUUAGCAGAUUAAUUUCCAAGAAUUCACAUGAGAUUCUCAACGUUAAUAAGGCUGUCAACAUGUAUAAUGUUAAAAAAGAAAAGAAACAAAGAAACCAAGGAAAAUCUUCAUCGAUGUCGAGCAAGUUGAAGCCAAAUAAGAAACUUCAGAAGAAGCCUUUGAAGAAAGGAUCUUCAAAGCAAGGAAAGGCGAAAUGAUCAGAUUAAAUUCUGGUUUAAGUUUUGAAUGGAUAUGUACCAUCAUUAUUUAGUCUUAGUAGUGAAGGAAUGUGAGUUAUUUAAAUGUGUUCUUUUUCCCCAACUCAUCUCUCUCAUGAUAAAAAGCAAUUUUGUAAUAGUUCAUUUCAGUUGUGAAUUUACUCAAAGCUAAUUUAUUUCCAUUUUGCCCUUUCUGUUCU